CAUCACUAGUCAAUAGUGCACAAAUAAUAGGCUAUACGUAAUAUAUGAAUAUAUAUUUUGAUGCCGAAGAAAUAGCGAUUGUAGAAGAACCGGAAUUGACGCGGUGUUGCUUACAUAUACAUAUACACACAUAUAUGUACAUUACAUUACUUUAAUUACAUUUCACGUAAAACAUAUAUGUUUAAGGUGUGGCGACCAAAUCUAUGGUGGCGAUUUUUAUUUUAUUUUGUAGUAGUAGCGACUUCCUUGUUCAUUUACGGAAUCCGGUCAACUGUCUUUGUGUUUACUUCAUCGAACUGCGCAUGCAAGUGACAUUGGGGGCUGUUUUACACUGGAGCCUGAUAAAGAUCACAUUUUACUUGCAGUGUAAACGUAUGUCUUUAGUGAGGCUAUACUGCGUUCAAAAGUAACAAGAAUGAAAAUGGUCACCGGGCGGACUCUGGACAGGAUUUACUUGGCGGUGUUGUUGUCUGUGGUGCUCCUUUCAUGGUCAUACGUCAUCUAUGCCAGCACGGUUGCAGCUCAAUGGCUGCUGGAAGAGAUACCCGCCCCUCAUGACUGAAGAAGAGAAGGCAGUCAUAUUACAGACAGGAAAGAUGGGAACAGGAAAAGUUCCCUGGUUGGUGUGCGAUCCCCCUGACACAAGCAAACCACAGAGCCGUACCAAGUUCCACGAUACACAACACACCCAGUAGGAGGAUAGGCUUGAGGAGCUGGUCCAGGAGGUGGAGGUGCCAAAUGAUGAUGAGGAGAGGAGGAAACACAGCACUGAUUGAGAACACUCACUAUGCAUUUUAUGCUGUGGCGCCCUUUGCCAGUUUGGUGGUGCCAGGUGAGCCCCCGCCCCCCUACUCUCCUCAGGGCAGCCCGGCUGGCAGCAGCGCUCCUCUCAUCAGCUGCCGUGUAUGUCAGUCUGCCAUUUCUGUGGAAGGAAAGACGCACCAGCACGUGGUGAAAUGCAUCAUCUGCAACGAAGCAACUCCGAUCAAGAGCCCCCCCGCAGGGAAGAAGUAUGUCCGCUGUCCAUGUAACUGUUUGCUCGUUUGCAAAGUCCAGUCUCAGAGGAUCGCAUGUCCACGACCGUACUGUAAACGUAUCAUCAACCUGGGCCCAGUUUACAUGGACGGGGAUAGUCCAGAACCGCAGAACCAGCCCAUCGGCGUCAGAGUAAUCUGCGGUCACUGCUCCAGUCCGUUUCUGUGGAUGGAGGCUUCAGACAAGACUUUGUCCAGAUGUCCACAUUGCCGAAAAGUCUCCUCUGUUGGCUGGCGGUACACCAGAAGAAGGAGCCUGCUAUGUUUCCUGGUCUUCGUUGUGGUGGCCGCUGCCACGGCAGGACUGAUGGUUGGAACGUGGCAACCUGCUCAGGACUCCAAAGGGAUCUAUGCCGCUUGGGUUCUGCUCAUCCUCAUCACCGUGUGCACCCUGGCAAGGUCCAUCCAUUGGAGGUGUUUGAAAAUUAGCCAGCCCAUUUCCAACGUGACCUAGGAGCCCAGAUCUGUUUUUUAAAUGCAUUUAUCAGCCAUUUUCAAUGAGACUCGUUUUAAGUAAAUCCCAUGAGUGCAAGAUGACAAUGCCAGUAAAGAAGGGCUAAAUCAAUAAUUUGUUUUCAAACAAUAUUCAGCAAGCACAAGUGUCUUCUUAAAGUGGGGGGCACAUUGACGUGUUUUGUAAAUUAAAGAUCAAUUUAGGUCAAUGUAUGCUGAGAUAUCUGAACAAAACAUCCAUAUCUUAGAUUUGUGUUCUAAAACAAAGCAAAUUAGUGUAAAGUAUGUUUACAAAGUGUUUGCUGCCCUCUUGUGGCAGACUGUGAAACAUGUUUGUACUACUGCUGUUUAUUUCUACAUUGAUGGACAAGCGGUAGAAAAUGGAUGGCCAGAUGCAAAAGUAAAUAAUACUUUCAACACAAACGAGUGUGAUUUGUCAACAUUUGGACAUUUUUUAUAUCAGGUUGAUGUUUUUUGGUGUUUAGCGCAUUUUUGUGACAGAUUUCCCCGGCUGAUGUGGUCAUUAUGCUAUGACAGCUUGUCC